AUGUUUAAUGGUCAGUCCCUCCCAGGGUCACAGUGUACUAAUGACAGUGACAUGUUUAAUGGUCAGUCCCUCCAAGGGUCACAGUGUACUAAUGGCAGUGACAUGUUUAAUGGUCAGUCCCUCCCAGGGUCACAGUGUACUAAUGACAGUGACAUGUUUAAUGGUCGGUCCCUCCCAGGGUCACAGUGUACUAAUGACAGUGACAUGUUUAAUGGUCAGUCCCUCCCAGGGUCACAGUGUACUAAUGGCAGUGACAUGUUUAAUGGUCAGUCCCUCCCAGGGUCACAGUGUACUAAUGGCAGUGACAUGUUUAAUGGUCGGUCUCUCCCAGGGUCACAGUGUACUAAUGACAGUGACAUGUUUAAUGGUCAGUCCCUCCCAGGGUCACAGUGUACUAAUGACAGUGACAUGUUUAAUGGUCAGUCCCUCCCAGGGUCACAGUGUACUAAUGACAGUGACAUGUUUAAUGAUCAGUCCCUCCCAGAGUCACAGUGUAAUAAUGACAGUGACAUGUUUAAUGGUUGGUCCCUCCCAGGGUCACAGUGUACUAAUGAUAGUGACAUGUUUAAUGGUCGGUCCCUCCCAGGGUCACAGUGUACUAAUGACAGUGACAUGUUUAAUGGUCAGUCCCUCCCAGGGUCACAGCGUACUAAUGACAGUCACAUGUUUAAUGAUCAGUCUUUCCCAGGGUCACAGUGUAAUAAUGACAGUGACAUGUGUAAUGGUCAGUCCCUCCCAGGGUCACAGAGUACUAAUGACAGUGACAUGUUUAAUGGUCGGUCCCUCCCAGGGUCACAGUGUACUAAUGACAGUGACAUGUUUAAUGGUCGGUCCCUCCCAGGGUCACAGUGUACUAAUGACAGUGACAUGUUUAAUGGUCGGUCCCUCCCAGGGUCACAGUGUAAUAAUGACAGUGACAUGUUUAAUGGUCGGUCCCUCCCAGGGUCACAGUGUACUAAUGACAGUGACAUGUUUAAUGGUCGGUCACUCCCAGGGUCACAGCGUACUAAUGACAGUGACAUGUUUAAUGGUCAGUCCCUUCCAGGGUCACAGAGUACUAAUGACAGUGACAUGUUUAAUGGUCAGUCCCUCCCAAGGUCACAGUGUACUAAUGGCAGUGACAUGUUUAAUGGUCAGUCCUUCCCAGGGUCUCAGCAUACUAAUGACAGUGACAUGUCUAAUGGUCAGUCCCUCCCAAGGUCACAGCGUACUAAUGACAGUCACAUGUUUAAUGGUCAGUCCCUCCCAGGGUCACAGCAUACUAAUGACAGUGACAUGUUUAAUGGUCGGUCCCUCCCAGGGUCACAGUGUACUAAUGACAGUGACAUGUUUAAUGGUCGGUCCCUCCCAGGGUCACAGCGUAAUAAUGACAGUGACAUGUUUAAUGGUCAGUCCCUCCCAGGGUCACAGCGUACUAAUGACAGUGACAUGUUUAAUGGUCGGUCCCUCCCAGGGUCAGAGUUUACUAAUACAGUUAUCUGUGAUGUUUAUGGGGUAUGCAACGCUCCCCUUAAGAUUUUGUUUAAAACUGAAUAA